CCUGCAGUCGGCAUCUCAUGUCAUGCACUGGCAGCCUUUUGGGGACAGCGUGUGACAGCUGACGGAUGACAGCUUGUGUGGGACACGGCAAUAACGGUUGUGUGUACCACUCCAUGUGUGUCAUCUCAUCCUGGGCCCCAUGGUGCCACCACAUGGGGAACACAGUUGUCACAUGAGGAGGUGGCAUCAUGUCAUUCUGUCUCCAAGGGGAAGUGAGAGUGGAUUUCCCAGCAUUUCCUGUGCCCACUGCAGUCUCACUGUCCCCAAGCUGCUCCUGCCUCAUGGCAACAAUGGCGCUGGCCCUCGUCCUGGGUUGGUGUCUGGUGGCAGCGAGCAGAGCUCAGUGGCUGCCCCGACCCUCCCUGUCUCUGCACCCCAGCCAGGGGGUGUCCCUGGGGGACACUGUCACCCUGCGCUGCCACCUGCCCCGGCCGGCUGCCUGGGUCCAGUUCUACAAGGGAUUUGGGCGUACACCAAGAGCAACGACAAGGAGCAGGAUGUGGCUGAGUUCUCCUUUAUCACAACGCGGGAACACGCAGGUACAUACUGGUGCCAGUAUGAGGUGCCUGAGUCAGUAGAGGCAUCAGAGAGGAGUGACCGUGUGCAGCUGGUGGUGACAGAUCACAGCUUCCCACCACCCAGCAUCUCCCUUCACCCUGAGGAACGUGUGGGGACAGGGACCAAUGUCACCAUUUGCUGCUGGAACAGGGAGUAUGGGGCUGCCUUCCUCCUGCACAAGGAUGGGUGCUCAGCCCCUAUCCUGCGCCAGGACCCUGAUGGGGGGGGCACGGCCACCUUCACCCUCGUUGAGGUAACCCUGACAGACGCUGGCACCUAUAGGUGCUCCUACCGCAACAAGGCCAACCCCUUCGUGUUCUCACCCCUUGGAGACAACGUGACCCUGGAGGUGACUCCCACACCUGCACCCCCAGGUAGGUUCCAG